AUGAUAUCUUCAUCAUCUCUCGACAAUGAAUGGACCAUAGAUUAUAAAAAAGAUUUUUUGGGUAUUGGGCAUUUUAGUCUUGGUGUUUAUAGAGCAACAAAUAAAAAAGAUUUAUCUAAAGUUGUUAUAAAAUUUUCACAGAAAAGAAAAGAGACAAAGGAAUUUUUAGAUAACUUAAAAAAUAUAAAAAAUGAAAAUAUAGGUCGAUAUUUUGAUUAUAAGGAAGGUACAGUUACGGUAAUUCAAGAUAAAAACACUGAAAGAAAAGAAGAAGAUGCAUAUUUUAUAUUUAUGGAGCAUUUGGAAGGUUAUGAAAACUUGGAAAAUUUUUUAGAAAAUAAAACAACAUUAAACGAAAAGAAUUUAGCUAAAGUUGCUUCAUCUCUUUUAAUAGCAUCAAAAAUUCUUAAUGAAAAUAAAACAAUUCAUAGAGAUGUAAAAUCAGCAAAUAUAUAUAUUAAAGAAGAUAGUAAUGGUGACAUUGAUUUAAAGUUUAUCGAUUAUGGUAUUUCAAGGAGAUCAUUUUAUGAAGACAAUACAGGUCCCGUAGGAACAAGAGAUUUUGAAUCGCCUGAAUCAAAAUAUUCAAAUAUUACAGGUAGUUUAUCAGAUGUAUAUAGUGUUGGUAUGGUUUUGAUUAUGGCUGCUGGUGGCAAUAUUAGGGAAAUAAACUUAAAGAGCGGUUUACCAGACAUUCCAAAAGAAUUAAGUCAGGCUUGUAAAAGCUUUAUCAGUUAUGCUAUUAUUACAAAAAAAGAAGAUAGACCAAGAAUAACUGAAUUACUCCAACACGAUUUUUUAACCCCAAAUGGUAGAAUACAUUCUUAUAUCAAUAAAGAUCCUAGUACUCAUUACAAAGAUAGUACUUUUAAUGGACCACUUGAAUCACUACAAAUUUCAGAAAAUAUAAAACAUCUGGAAUUAUCAAUGUUUGAUCAACAAUUCGAAAAAUUACCAGAUAGCAUCAACUCUAUCAAUUUUGAAAAUUUUAAUCAGGAAUUAUUAGAAGAGUCUAUUCAUACAAAUAUUGAAGAAGCUCAUUUCAAAAAUUUUAAUAUUAUUGAAAAUGGUUCAAAUCUUCCAUCAAUGAAAAAAUUUUCAUGUGACUACGAGUUUACAGCACCAUUCAAAACAAAUAAUAAUAUACCCAAAAAAUCUCUAUGUUUAGAAUUUAAAAAUUACAACCAACCAAUUUCAAGAUCAAGUUUUCCAACAACUCUUCAAGCAUUGACAUUAGGUAGCGAUUAUAAACAUUUCCAAUCAUUAUCAAAUCUUCCCGUAUCACUUAUCGAUCUCACUUUUGGUUUUUGGAUGGAUAAAAUACCAAUACCAACUCAUGACGAAAAUGAAUGGGUUAUCGAAAAAGAACCAUUGGGUAAAGGUUCAUUAAGUCUAGGAGUUUUCAAAGCAAAAAAAAAAGAUGAUGCAAAAAUAUAUGCAGUUAAAAUUAUUUUAAAAGAGAAAACAGGAAGAUAUGAGUUACAAAUAUUAAAUAGAUUAGAGGAGGCAUUUCGAAAAAACAAUAAUAUUAUUAAAAUUUAUGGGUAUGAUGAAGAUAAAAACAAUUUAUAUAUUUAUAUGGAAUAUUUGAAAGGAUAUAAAACUAUUAAACAAGUUAUUGAGCAAGGUAAAAUAUUUUCAGAAAAUGAAAUUUCUAAAAUCAUUAAAAAGAUCGUAAAAGUUGUUGUUGAUCUCCAUAAUAUGCAAAUCAUUCACCGAGAUAUAAAAGGUGAUAAUAUCAUGAUAGAUCUUAAUAAAAGUAAUAAUAUAAAGCUAAUAGAUUUUGGUAUUUCAAAAUCAUUUAAAGGAGAAGAUUCAAGGUAUUAUACAUUAAUAGGAACCAUAACUCAUAUGGCACCAGAAGUUCUAUUACAAAAUGGUAUUGCAAAUAGUAAAUCAGAUAUUUGGAGUAUAGGUUGUACAUUGAUAGAAAUGGCAGGUGGUAGUUUAGAAAAGAAUGAAAGGGGUAUUCCAAAGAUACCUGCUCAUUUAAAAAAUAACUGCAGAAACUUUGUUCAGCAUUGUUUAUUAAUGGACCCAAAAACCAGACCAACUGCCUCAGAACUACUUGAUCAUGAGUUUUUAUCUAAAAGUAGCUCUAGACCUAUAGAAUCACCAGAAAACCAAAUCACUUUAUUAAAUAAAGAUUUAAAUAAAAUUUCUUGUAUUGAUAGCGAUAAAAGUCACCUUUUUUUACCAGAUUUCGAUGAAUAUAAUUAUCUACCAUUUUUAAAAUCAAUUUCACCAAAUAUUACAGCACUUACUUUAUAUUCAUUUAAUCAAAUCAUUUUACCAGAUUCAUUACCUAAAUCAAUAACUUCACUCACAUUAAAUUCAUUUAAUCAAGAAAUCAAACCUUAUUCUAUUCCAUCAUCUAUAACAUAUCUCAGCAUUCCUUCUUUCAAUCAUGAUCUAGAGUAUGAUUCAAUUCCAGAAAGUGUCACAGAGUUAGUUCUUGGUCAAGUUUUUGAAUUAGAGUACAAUGGAGGUUUUCUCCCAGCAUCAAUUAAAAUACUAACUUGUAGUUAUAAAUUCAAGAAACCAUUAAAAAGAAAUAACAAUAUUCCAAAAGAUAUUCUAGUUUUGGUAUUAGACAAUUAUAACUUUCCAAUUACCAUAAGGUGUUUUCCAGAAACUAUUCAUACAUUAACUUUGGGUUCAAACUUCACACAUUUCGAAUCAUUAUCAAAUCUUCCCCAAUCAUCAAUAUUUAAUUUAACUUUAGGAGUAGAGAAUUGUGCAUUAACAGAUGAAGAAAUUAAACAGUUCAUUCCAAAAACAAUAACAAAAUUAACAAUAAAUAGAACAAAUCCAAUUGAAAUUAAUAAACCAUUAAUAAAUGACUGGGAAAUUGAUUGCAAUAAUGAAUUAUAUUUUUCUGAAUCAAAGAAUUGUAUAGGUUUUUUUAAAGCACGCAUAUUAAAUGGUAUUUUUAAUAACAAAAUAAUUCCAAAUAAUGGAGAAUGUAUAGUUAAUAUUUUUUCUAAAGAAGACAAUUAUAUCCAUAUUGGCACUUGGGAACAAUUGGAAAAUAUCAAGCAUAAUAAUAUUUUAGAAACCUAUGGUCAUUAUUAUGGGGAUUAUGAGAAAUAUAGGGAAUGUUUAAUUGUAUUUAUGGAGUAUAUUAAAGGUUAUAAAUCUAUAUCAGAACUGCUCAAUAAGGGUUAUAAAUUUUCAGAAAACGAAAUCAAAAAAGUAGCAAAUUAUCUUUUAUUCACAUUGGCCUUUCUUCAUAAAAAGAAAAUUAUUCAUAGAGAUAUAAAAGGAAGCAAUAUAUUGUAUCACAAUUCAAAUGAUAAUCAAGUGAAUAUAAAACUUUUCAAUUUUGGAUUUUCAAAGUUUUAUGGCGAUAAACAAUCAAACUAUCAUACAUUUGCAGGAACACCUACUCAUAUGGCACCAGAAGCAUUAUACCAAAAUAAUAAAGCAGGUAGAAGAUCAGAUAUAUGGAGUGUUGGUUGCACACUAAUUGAGAUGGCCGGAGGUGAUUUAUUCCACAGAGUAAAUGGUACACCUGAAAUACCAGAACAUUUAUCUGAUGAGUGUAAAAACCUUAUUCAACAUUGCUUAAUCGUUGAACCAUUAUUUAGACCAAGAGCUAUCGAACUUUUAGAACAUGAUUUCAUUAAAAAUGUUAAUGAUUUAUCAGAGAGGAAUAAAAAAAUAUUAAAAAAAAUAACAAUUUGUCAAGAUAAUACCAUCAAAUUAUAUAAUAAAGAUCUUUUCAGUGUAUUUGGUGCUAUAUAUAUAGAUAAAAAACAUUUAAUUUUUCCAGAAUUCAACAAUACUAAUUUAAGUAGACUUCUCUCUACAUUGCCAUCAAAUAUCACUCAUAUCACAUUACCGAUAUUCAAUCAUCCAAUUGAACCAAAUUCUAUACCAUCAACAAUUACUUCGCUCACUAUGAAUUCUUUUAAUCAAGAUUUAGAUGAAAACUCGAUACCAAAUACAUUAACAGAGCUAAUUCUUGGUGAAGAAUUUGAAUUUAAUGAAUAUGGAGGUAAUAUUCCCGAGUCCAUUAACAAAUUCGAAUGUAGUUAUAAUUUCAAAUCUGCAUUAAAAAAAAACAACAAUAUACCAAAAACAGUGAAAUCAUUAGUAUUGAAUAACUAUAACCAUCCCAUUGUUAAAGGAAGCAUACCAAAAUCUACUCGUUCAUUAACAUUGGGUUCCAACUUCAAAGAUUUUGCUUCACUGUCAAAUAUCCCAUCAUCAGUAUUCAAUUUAACAUUUGGUGUAAAAGAUUACCAAAUAUCAGAUGAUGAAUUAAAAUUCAUUCCAAAAACUGUAACAAAACUAACAAUAAUAAAAAAUUAA